AUGGACAUGUCAAUGUCUGCAGGCUGGCCGGGCAGUCAAGGUUACCAAGUCGCCAUCGAAGUUCAGGGAAAUGAUUUCUUUCACGUCGAGUUGACGAAGCUCAAGAAAUACCCGAAGCUUUACAGGCUCAUCACCUAUCAUGCUGCGCCAUCAUAUCCCUACGGCUAUAUUCACAAUGGCAUGACAUAUCCCUCCUACCAUAACGGACCUCAGUACUGCAUCAAUUUGCACAAACUACCUCAAGGUUCCGGACACAUGCUGUGGGAGUAUCUGUCAUCUGGGGCGUUUACUCGUCUACGGGGCUAUCAUUCCGAGAGAACGCAAGAAUGGUACUUUAAAGACAUUUUUCACCUACAUAAUCUUGCAAACCAGUUCGACAUGGAGGACCUCAAGUCGGAGUCCGCGAAAGAGAUCUUCCGCAAGGCUCAAGAGAUGGGCCUCGUGGAACUAAUCAACCUCCUUGAAGAAUUGAACUACCAGUCUCACUUGUUCCCAAGUCUUUCCGUAUACUUGGAGAAACGACUGGUUGGUUCCGCUUUGGAUUACUGCCAGGGAGGCAGCCAAAGGGCACUCGCCGAACUACAGGCCCAACCAUCACUCUCAGUCGCUCAGAUACUCUUAAAAGCACUAAUAGAGAUUAGCGAAUCUGGGUGCAAUUUGGACGAACAGAACUCCAUGGUAGACGAGGUCUAUAGAAGGAAGGUCGCUGAGACAACGGCUGCUUCUGAUGUUCUCGGCUGGGAUGAGCCCAAGGUUCCCGAUACGAGGUGGAUCAACCCGAAGGGUGAAAUGGCGGGAGUGAGAAAGCCAGGUGGUAGUCAAUUCUUCGGUGCCGCGGCCAAGCAGGCGACCAGCAGGGAGAAAAGUAACCCUCCUGAACCGCCAUUUGAGCGAGCAGCCGCGCGCGAACCAGCUUUGGAUAUUCCCGCUACGUUGGCUUAUUCUCAGCCGCUUCCUUUUUCUAGCGCCUCUUCGGUUAGAAGUGAUAUACCUGUGCCCCCCCCGCCAUCCAGAGAUACAUCGACGACUUCGAGUCGUGGAAGCAUCCCUUACACUCCCUGGAUAAAAAUGGAUAGGGAGGCUAUGGGUCACCCAGAGCUGAAGAUUCAUCGACAACGAAUGCCUCAUGCGGCCUCUAAGGGGAACCUCCCGCAGAUGAAACACGCUGCUUCGAGCGAGAGACCGGCUCCCGGUCCUUCAACUACACCAGGCGAAACUUUGUUGGAAACAGGUGCAGACAGCAAUGACGAUACUGAAGAUGAGGCUACAGAAGUUUGUGAUCGAUCAGUGACAUCAACUGGAUCCGAGGGGAAUGUACCCGAGAACAGAUGA